CGCGCCAGUAGGGCCCGAGCCCGCCUGGGAGCCCGCGGAGCCGAGCGCACCGAGCGGAGCCCCUGGGCGGCGGCGGCGGCGGCGGCGGCGGCGGGCGCGUGAUGGCUCCGGCCGCGGACCGCGAGGGCUACUGGGGCCCCACUACCUCCACGCUGGACUGGUGUGAGGAGAACUACGCGGUGACCUGGUACAUCGCCGAGUUCUGGAAUACAGUGAGUAACCUGAUUAUGAUUAUACCUCCAAUUUUUGGUGCAAUUCAGAGUAUUAGAGAUGGACUGGAAAAGCGGUACAUUGCUUCCUAUUUAGCACUCACAGUGGUAGGAAUGGGAUCCUGGUGCUUCCACAUGACUCUGAAAUAUGAAAUGCAGCUAUUGGAUGAACUCCCAAUGAUUUACAGCUGUUGUAUAUUUGUAUACUGCAUGUUUGAAUGUUUCAAGGUGAAGAACUCUGUAAACUACCAUCUGCUUUUUACCUUAAUUCUAUUUAGUUUAAUAGUAACCACAGUUUACCUUAAGGUAAAGGAGCCUAUAUUCCAUCAGGUCAUGUAUGGAAUGUUGGUCUUCACAUUAGUACUUCGAUCUAUUUAUAUUGUUACAUGGGUUUAUCCAUGGCUUAGAGGACUGGGUUAUACAUCCUUGGGUAUAUUUUUAUUGGGAUUUUUAUUAUGGAACAUAGAUAACAUCUUUUGUGAUUCACUAAGGAACUUUCGAAAGAAGGUACCACCUAUCAUAGGUGUUACCACACAGUUUCAUGCAUGGUGGCAUAUUUUAACUGGCCUUGGUUCUUAUCUUCACAUCCUUUUCAGCUUAUAUACAAGAACACUUUACCUGAGAUACAGGCCAAAAGUGAAGUUUCUCUUUGGAAUCUGGCCAGUGAUCCUGUUUGAGCCUCUCAGAAAGCACUGAUGAAUUAUUCCACCAAGAAAAUGAAAAAGCACGUACAUAGGCCUAGCCAAAUGAAUAAGGAAAUCCUUAAAGAUCUACACAUUCAAUAUAUCAUGACCAUUGCAGCAAAGGAGUGACUUUCUGACUAACGCUGCCAGCCACACAGAGAAUGAGGAAUGGGGCUUGCUGGAUGUUUAGCUUGUGUCUUUAUCUCAUGUGUCUUCCUCACCCUAAGAUGUUUAAAAAGAAACAGACAUGAUAUGUAUGUAUAUACUCGAAUGCUGGAAAAAUUGGGCUUUUCUUAACAGGUUAACGGUUUGUGCUGAUCAUAGGAAAUUAACCUUUUUCUGUUUUUUGACAAGGCUCACAUGUGACUUAAACUUUUCUUAAUAUUUGAUUAAAUAAUGAAAACAGUCAGCUAGGGACUGGCAAAACCCCAUAUCCAGACGGCCAGCUGUGAGGCAGCACUUAGCUGUGUCAGCCUUGAUUUAUAUUUUUUUCAUAGUAACCUCAUGGAUGGUUUUCUAAGGUGAAAAACAACUAUUCAUGGGAUUUUGGUAGUUCUUCACUGUCUGCCUCUGUGCUAGUUGGAGUGUCAAAGCAAGUAUAGACCUGCCACUGGGUUUUAUACUCGUCACAUUCCAGAUUUGCAGUGGGCUCUUGGGUUUCUGUGUGUGGUCACAGCCUAGCAGAGUGGAUAGGUCAUCUUGUACCCUUUAUGAAGGCCACCAGGACACUGGUGGAAUUUGCACCUCCAGCCAGUUAAAGAUGGUUACUCUGUUUCCUUUGAUUUCAGCAGAUCUUUAAGUUGUCACUGUUUUAAUGGCUAGGCAGUUACGAUCGGUGGCCUGACCUACCCGUAUUUCAUCCUCCUAGCAUAACUUAUUUGAAGUUACUAGUGAAUGUCGUUAUACUCAGACUUUUUAAAUUAUGCAGUGUUUUCCAGUUAUCAGAGAGGCCAUAGUUAUGCCCAGAGAAAUGUGUUGGGUUAACUAGAGCUAAAAUGAUCAGGAUCCUACUUACACAGAGCUUAUUAGAAUACCUGCUCCUUCAUUUUUUUUUUUUUGAAGAAAAUAGAUAUAAGGGUUGAAAACAGCUCUAACUUACUUGAACUUGUAACAGAACUACCAAAAAUGGCAGUGAAAUCUCAUUGUAAGGCAGCUAGUUCUAAUUUGGAUUUGAAUGUAUAACAAACUGAAUCACUCUUCACUUAACACCUGCCUGGAGUUAAAAAACCUGACUUUUUGACCCCUUCACUCAUAUAUCAUCAUAUUUGUGGCUCUGUACCAUUUAGCAUUUUUACAAUUUUUUUCCUGCUUAUACAGUAUUAUAAAAUCCAGAUUGUUUUUACUACAUAGUGUCAUAACCCCAGAUUAAAUUCUGAGCUACAGCUUCUAAAGGAAAAUCAUUUUCUUCUUAUGCAAAAGUAUAACACUUCUCUAUCAUUUUUCCAGUAUUCAGUAAGUAGCCUUGGUACAAAUUUAAAACCAAUACGAAUUUUGUUUUUCUUCACCUGCUGGCCUUAGUUUUUAGUCCAAGUACUAUUUUCCUUCCUUUAGCAUGCCAACAUGCCAUUAGACAGAUACUUCCACCUACUUUUAUGAUCCUCUAGCAAGAAAAACACUUGCCAACAUAUAAAUCUAAAAGAACUUUGGUUGUGCCUUAGGAAAAUAUAAACUAAACAGUUCCAACACAAGCCCACAAGACUGUUCUUUCUUUUCCCACGUGGUUCUGAUGUCUGGCUACAUUUCAUGUGCAGCUACCUAGACUAUCAGCCAUCUGACGUUUUUAAACGAGGUCAUUUGUUUCACACCAUUGUCUUUUUGUACUUUUCACUAAAAUGCACUUCUGCAUAAAGGAUCUGUGUAUAGAAAUAAAGGCAAAUCCCUCCUGACAAUGCUGCUAAACGCUUUGAGACUGAGGUUCUGCAGUAUUAAAGUCAGAUUAUGGUACAGAGCACACCCUGACACUGAGGCCCUUUAGAAAGAACAGUUUGUUGAAUGAGCAGUUCAGCCACCACCAUCUGUAGUUUUCUUGUUGAAUAAAGUUGCCCAGCACCUCAUCAGAGACUUGUAACACAGUGGCCAGAACUUCAAAGACCCUUGUUUCUGUUGUGUAAACAACCAGCAAGAAAGCUCAGCAAAAAACAUUUUAGAAGUGUUGAGCAGAAAGCGGAGACUAAAUCCAGACUCUAAUUUUCCAAAUUAGUUUCUGCCUCAACAUGUGGCUCCCUUUUUAGCAACCUGUUAGCACACUCAGGGUUUUGUGCCAUAUCAAAUACUGCUGACCUUUAGGAUAUUACUAAAUCGUCUCUAUUUCAGUGGCUUUAUUUUUUCCCUUCUAGGAUUCUGCAUUGUAUUAUUACAGGGUUAUUAACACACACCUCCCUUUAUUUUCUUGAGAUUUCCUAUUAACUGGAGGUACAAACACCUGCUUCCUGCUGAGCAAAUAAUGGUUUGUUUGCGUAUCAUCUGAUGUGAAAGGUGCUCAUCUGUGAGCCGUAUAGCAAAUUAUAUUUUAGAAAACAGUACUUUAUGAGGAUGCCAAAAAAAAGCAAUUGGCUUGCACAUUUUAAUAUCCUACCUAGGCUACUAUUUUCACUCCAGAAAAUUGAAAGCACCUUGACUCUUUUUAGGGGAAAAGCUAGGUGAAAGGUGGUUGUGUUCAUCUGAUUGGCCACUUACUCCCCACCUUGGUGCUUUCAUGAAACAUUUGCACACCUGAAGAAAUCCCUUUAUCCUUGUGGUAUUAUAUAAAUUAAUGAUUAACAGGAGAAACAUUUGUUUUUGAAUAUUCCACAAAUGAGAACCCCAAAUAGUGGUAUUUGGCUUGGAAUUAGAUCAGAUAUUAUGGUUUAACCUCACAGCAAAAUUUCCAGGACUGGGCUUUCCUCACACCAAGAGGGCUUUUCGUAUACCAAGGAGAGGAAGAGGUGAAGUAAGAAAAUCAAGAGGCCAAAAACUUCAGGUACAUUAUGCAUGAAAUUUUUUAAAUGCCUGAAAAAAAACUAAGUUGUUUUAGUGCCAACACCUUCAGAAUUUAUCCAGAAUUCCUAAAGGUGACUAAUAAUUUAGUUUAAGGUUUUUUUUUUAAUGAGUCCUAUGGUUGCAUAUUACUUUGCUCUUGGAAAAAAAAAAUCUGUUUCUAAGUUUAAUAGUUUUAUUUUAGCUCUCAAUUUCACAUUUACAUGACAGAGAAAAAUAUUCUAACCCCAUGAUUUAUGAUGUGCUACUGAAUAAGCAUUUAUGUAUAACUGAUGUUUCAAAGAGAACCAACUUUAACUGGAAUUUGCAACUAUGGCGAUUUGCAGAUCUACCUCUGUCUUGCAUUUUGCAUCAUAUCAAUGCCCUAAUAUAAUUAGUUUGAACAUUUUUGUCUUAUCAUUCAGUGUCCAGAAUUACAGCUUAUUCACCAUGGGGUAAACAUUUGGAAAUAAUGACUAAAAUUUGGCUAAAUGUAGUUUAAAACCCGUUGUGGAAGGGAGCUGUAAAGUGAAAAAAGUCAAGACCCAUCUGAAUGGAAAAGUUCAAUACUGUUUUUUAAACUGCUGCAAUUCCUUUAAGAAUAAGGAAACUUUUUCUUUUUUUAAUUAUGUCUAAUUGUAGUUGCUGGAUGGAGAGCAACUGCCAGUACUACUGAGGUUUAUGUGAGCAUACCACUAGACGUAACAGUUUCUCCUGUUGUGGGAGAAGGCCUUUCCUCUACUCUCUUAGAUUCAGUUUUGGGGGGCCAGUGAAAUAAAGUGACAAAGGACAGAUUAGCAAGAGAAAGGGCAGGUUCUUAUUUACCUACAUAAAUGAGAGUUCAGAAAAAAAGUGUGACUUGAAGCAGAAUUUGGGGUUUAUAUACAAUCUUAAUAAGAGAUGGGGCAUUUAGAAGAAAAACAAUAACUUUUAGGAAAGAUAAAUGGGCCCUUAAGAGAAUAGAUAGGAGAUAUGAUAGUUCUGUGGAAAUGUCUUUUCAGAUGUGGCACUGAAACUCCCAGGGGAGAGGAUUUAUGACAGUUGAGUUCUUUAGGGAAGUUCUGCUUUUAGGCAGAUAAAAGGAGCUCAGAAAAAAACCCUCUUGCAUCUGUUGAUUCUCAAAUGCAUUCAGCUCAAAAUAUUUUUUUUUAAUGCCACAGUUGUGUAUUCUGGAUCCCUUUAUUUCCCCUGUCUAAAACUUUCCAAGAAGUUUCACAAACCAGAAGCCAAUAUGGUGGCUGUGGAGAGAAGAUUCAGGUUAGAAAUUAGGAGAUAAGAGAUCUGCACAGGGAAGGAAGACAUAGAUUUAUGGUGAAAUAAGAGGAAAAGUAGAAAUUAAUAGUUGGACCAGAUUACAAACUCAGUUUUCGAGUGCAGAGGGCAGUCAAUCAGGAUUUCUAGAUGUUAGUCUCCACUUUAAAAGUGGAAUAGGAUGGUAGUGGCAGUUUCAUAACACAGUCAUUUCCCAGAGCUCAGAGGACCGUGUUCUGGUGAACUUCCUCAGUGGCCCAAACAGUUGGCGGUGGUAAACCCCUUAAAGUUACAUCAAACUGUUGCGCUCCAGCUUGGAGGGCCUCAGGAGAGGGAAAGUUUUAGUUCUUAGUGAUGCCAAGUCAGGAGGGUAGUAAUGGAAAUGUUAAUUAGUGACAAAAUGCACAAGGUGGCAGGAUCCAGCUUACAAAGAGGUGAAAAUAGCUCAAGGAGAAUGAACAGGACUAGAAUCUGAUACUCCACAAGGGUAUAUUAUAGUUUCCCAUUGAAACAUAAAAUUUCUCUUUAUAGCCACCCAAUUUUUAUCAAAGAUAAUCAAGGUAAGACUUUUUGUUUGCAAAACAAGUCUAGUCUCAUCAAACCCGGCUUGAUUAUGUCAGUACAACAAGAAAAGUAAUUGAUGACAUAGGCCUUUUGAACUUUAAGAAUCCCAGAUUGGACUUUUAAAAGCCUCAAGGCUAGGAAUCCAAGCCAAGAACUUGGCAUCAGACUUCUCUUGCAUUCCUACAGAUUUGGAUGAAGUCCUCCUUUUCCAGGUCCCCAAAAUAUCCUAAGCUUCCUGGGCUUGCCAGGAAGCAGCCUUCCUUACUCACCUGUAAGACUGGGACCCCUUUAAACCAGGUACUAGGCCAGUUUUCCAGGAGGGCUUUGUCUUAAGGAGGGUUUCCUUAAAGUCAGCCUUUGUUCCUUAAAACUGCACAUCAUCCUCAAAUACAACAUUCUAGUCAAAGCCUUGGUAAUAUAACCAGUGUUUCCAAUUGUGUCAUGUUAUAAGGAGAAUAAAUUCUUAUUGAACUUAUUCAAAUACCUAUAUUGCCAUGAAAAUAAAUAUUCAAUAAGAAUUUUUUCAAAAUUUUGGAGAGUUCAAGCAGGGAGAAAAGAUAAAUGUUUCAUUUUUGCUUGCAAAGAUAUAAUCUAGUAAAUUGCUGUAAGUUAUGGAUAGCUUAAGAGAAAAGGGGUUCCUUAAAUCCAGAAAACAGAACAUUAAAGAGCCAGCAGUAUUCCAAGCAAAAGUCAUAGAAGGAAUUGUAAUCAUUCUUUUUCAGUCUGUUCAGCCCCAUAUGAUAAAUUCAAGUCUUUCUUGAUUUGACUUAGCAAUUUUAUGAAACCAUGAGCUUCUCCAUUAGUUCUGGAAAUCCUUAUUCAGUCCAAUGCUAUGAUCUUAAAGUUAUGUAAGUAAUGACCCUGGAAGCCUGUACCUCAGGACCUGUUGUAGUCUUUUCCAUCAAUCUCUGAGAAUUUGUUGUUGAAGAUGAAGCCUGUAGCUGAUUACACUAAUUUUCAGGAAAGCAUCAAAGCAAAACAAUACCUCUGAAUAACAAAGGGCUCAAAAUGUCUGUGGUUAAAGAUCUGAUGAGAGUUCAUGAGAAUGCAAUUAACAAGAAAAUUUGGUUGUCUCCAUGACAUUCAACAUUUUAAAAUAACUGGAGUUAUGACUGAUCACAUUACACCAGGACAUAUCAUGACAGCUGUGACAUUAACAAAUUUCUGGAAAUUUUAUGCGGUUCCUGAAAUACUUACAUUAAUAACAUAUACCCAUUCAACUAUAACCUAGGAAAGGUUAAGCAUCGUUUAUCUGACAAUGCUUGCCAUGCAAUUUAACAUUUCAAAUAAACCUAGUUAGUUUAACACCUCUCUUUUUGCAAGAUGAGAGAACAAAUCCUUUCAGAUUUUCCAGGAGCCCUCUGGGAUAGCUCAAAGCCAGUUAAGAGGUCAAGAAGACUUCGUUUAGAAUUUGAUUUGGGGAAGUUGUUAAAAGGUUUGAACACUUGAUUAAAUAAAAUUACAGGUCACUGAAAAAAAACUUUAAUUACUCAUGUAACCAAAGCGACAGUAAUUACAGUCUCUUAUUAAGAACAGGCCAAGAAACUUUGUCCUUUUAACAGAGAGGGAAUUUAAACCUCUAGUUUUGCAUUUGUAUGCUAUUGAGCUCAUUUUUUUUAAAAUUAUAAAUAAAUGCAUUCAGUCUUAACCAGCUAGACCACAUGAAUAAGAUACUCUCCUCAUCCCUCUUCCCCUCUCUCUCCCCCACCUUCCCCCACCUCCUGCAGGCCCUUUACAACUUUCUAUGCCCAGUCAGGUUUUUGUCCUUUACUUCCCUCUUUCUCAUUCUGGAAAACCAUUAGACAACCUCUAAGCAACUACCUUAGGACAAAAUUACUCUCCUUUUUUCCUUAACAAAGACACAUCUUUCAUUUCUUUCAGACCAUUCAAGAUUGUUUCCAUUCUUAAUUGUUUCUAAUCUAUAUUGAUUAGAAUUCUUAACCCUUAGUAACCUUAACUUCCAGUGAAAAUGAGAAGGUGGGCAACUGUAAACUGCCACACAUCAGCAUUCUGUAGUAAAUGAACAAAUUUAUGAAUAUGCCACCUCGAUUUACCGAGGCAUAUGUUUCUUUAUAGUACAGUCUUUGAAUGUGGUGAAAGAACAUGCUUAUAAAUGGACCCAAAUAUUUUAGUCUCUGUAAAAAUGAGAAGUAAAAAGUAGAUAAAUUUAUGCUUAGUAAUUAAUGUUUUAGUAUUUUACUUAUUUGGAAAUAACUUAGACCCAGGUAUAGAUACUGCUUCACUUGAAAUUCAUACUGAAGAUAAAACUAAAGAUAAGACUUUAGACCAUAAACUUUCACCUUGAGAAAUGAAAACUUGACAUCAUUGAGGGAAAAGUGGAAAACAAAGUUGGCAAUCAGAGCAGCUUAGGAGAAGACAGACUGCUAAAGAAGUUAAGCAGUGUUAAUGCCAACGAAAUUUCUGUCGUUCAUGCACAUCCAGCCAUUGGAAAUAAGCAGGACUGAGCCCCUUUUAAGUAUCUAGUGUUGUUUCACAAGGCCUUCGUUGAUCAUUAAAUCUAGGAAAUUGCUGCCUGUUUUGAUUAGCAGCUAGUGUAGAAAAUGAUCACAAGAAUAUUUUCUGCUAGAAAACCCUAAAACCCACUCAAUUACAGGCCUGCAGGGGACCUAGAAUUGCCCCACUCCAUUUAGCUCAGCAGUUGUCAGUAUUAUAGCACCAACCACAGGUCACAUUUUGCUCACAGUUCCUUUUCAACCCUUUUAAACAAGACCUGCUUCAUUGCUUUAAAGAGCACAAUGUUGAUAUGCCAGACCAGAUUUAGUAACUGAAAUAUUAAUUUAAAUAUUCACAAAAAUGUUGUAGAGCUUCUGAAACUUCUCUGGCAAACAUCAGAUCUGCAGGUCAUGACUUUUAAAUUGAGUUGCAGAAGUAACUCUUAAGGUUGCAGCAGAAGCACAUUUAUUAGAGAAAUCAUUAAGCAUGUAAAUAUGGUUCCCUACAAACACUCAUCCUGACUUCUUCUGCACCUAAGAGAAAAUGAUAAAAAUGUUUUAGGAUAUCACAAGGCUCUGUACCAGGGGUUGGUGAACUGCAUACAGCCCACAGCUCAAGUCCAGUCUGCAGUUAUAUGGCCUGCAAGGUAGGAAUGACUUUAACAUUUCAGAGGUAUUAUUUAAACAUACAAAAAGAAAGAAGAAGAGUACGCAACAGAGAUGUGUGUGGCCUGCAAAGCCUGGGAAGUGCACCACCUGGUUCUGGGAGUUUGCUUCCCCUUCUCUGGACCUUCAGCAAAUGUGGAAGGACAGUGGUUCUUCCCACUGCACGUCUCUGCAGGGUGAUUCCCGUGUGUAUUUGUCAGAAUGAAAGUGUUUUACACAUUUCAGAUAUCCCUCACUUUCUGGUGAAUGUAAUCACAGAAUUUGUGUUUAAGUAUUUACACUAUAAAUUAUUUCUUCAUAUCAAAUUUAUUAGAUUGGUGACAGCCUGCUGCAAAGUGCCUAGACCUUCGGGGGAAAUUAUGUGAUUUUGUUUUCAUUAUAAGGGGAAUUCCAUUCCCUACUGUAAAGUCCAAAAAUGCUAGUUGCAUUCAGCUUUGAGUUGGCUUCCAAGAAAGUUGAGAUCAUUUGCCCAUUUUUUGUCUCAUGCUGUAUGAUAUGUGUCAUAUUGUAACUGUCAAGGAACUAAUAAGCUCUCAUAGUCAGGUGCACCUUUUUUUUUUUUUUUUAACUUUCUAAAAGGAAAAGUUCAAAAUCCUUUCCACAAAUAGUCCUGUUUCUUUUGGCUCUUUUAGAGCUAAAUUACUUAGUACCAGUUAAUAACAGGAUCAUUUUAAGAAAUAGAUACUAACAUCAUUGCUGUUUAAUGUACUGAUAAAGCAUUGUUUACUCUCAA